AUGUGGCUUCUUGGAUCAACUUCCCAAGUGAUGAUGAUGAUGGAUGAGCGCCUGUCUCCUUCCGCACGCUCCGUGCAGAACCAGGGGGACAACCCGUCCACUGUCCACAGCAUAGAGGCGAUACUGGGAUUUAAAGAGGACACCAUCUUCCACAAAUCAGCCUGCUACAGCAUGACAGAGAAUGUCCUGGUCAAAGAUGCUGAGCGGAAUGUAAUCAUGACCCCACUGAAGAAAAGUCAUUCCUCAGAAAGUUUUGACAGUGUGGGUUGUGCCAGCGGCGCCGCUGAAGCCUCGGCCUGCCCGGACUCACCGGACGGAGACGGAAAACUGUCCGAUGAUGAAAACCCCAAGAAGAAACACCGUCGGAACCGUACAACAUUCACCACCUUCCAGCUUCACGAGCUGGAGAGAGCGUUUGAAAAGUCCCAUUACCCGGACGUGUACAGCAGGGAGGAGCUGGCGCUAAAGGUCAACCUGCCGGAGGUCCGAGUACAGGUGUGGUUUCAAAACCGGCGGGCCAAGUGGCGUCGGCAGGAGAAGCUGGAGGUGAACUCCAUCAAGCUCCAGGACACCUCCUCCUCCUUGCUGUCCUUCAGCUGCUCUCCCAGCAGCUCCCUGGGCUCUGGUCUGCAGCUGGACCCUUGGCUCUCCACCCCCAUCACCACCUCCACCUCCCUGCAGUCCCUCCCGGGCUUCAUCACAGGCUCACAGGGCCUCCCGGGCACUUACACCCCUUCUCCUCCCCCUUCCGUGCCCUCUGCUUUGCCGGCCUCCUUCCUCACCUCCCCGGCCCUGGGACAGAACCCCCACCUGCCUCACAUGGGCUCCAUGUGCCUUCCGCCCCCGGCCUACCACUGCUCAGCUGAUCCAAGGAACUCCAGUAUAGCCUCACUGAGGAUGAAGGCCAAGGAACACAUUCAGUCUAUUGGGAAGACGUGGUGAUGCUGAGUGGAGGUUCAAAAUGGACAUCGAAACCCAGAAUGCAUCAUGCUGCAUAUUUUGAAAAACUGACUACAUCCUCAUGCUGGCGGGAUUGUUAUUUUGGAAGAGUGGCAUCUUCAGUUGACAUCUAGGAUUCGAGACAUCCUACUUAUAAGGGUAACAUUUUACUUCUCUCCGUUUAGCAAGUAGUAUUAAUACAUGAUUGAUAACACACUAUAAUAAAGUUGUAAGCAGAUAUAAGUGUUUAUUAAUGUAUUUAUCCUCAUGGGCACCCAUAAGUGGAGGCUGAAGUAUUAACAGUUAUUGAUGACACAGUUGUAAUAAUAUAAAAUAUGGCUUCAUAGGAGAAUUAUUGUACAUUAAUAUGAACUUAAAAUAGCCUUAGCUGCUUACAACUACAUGAUGUGUUAUAAACAAUUUAUGAAAUGUUUUUAUACUGCUGAUGGAUGCUAAAUAAGGAGACGUAAUGUAAAGUGGUACCCUUACAGGCAACUAUCUGAAAGUCUGUGACACUGACUGUGAAAUUCUUGUAAAAUAUGAAAUCUAAUGAACACUGAUUAUCUACACUGGUUUUCUUCUGCUUUGUCUUCUCUGCAUGCUGUGUUUACUGUAAAGUUUUACAUUCAUUCAGCCCCAUCUCCUUUGUAUCCAGUGUUAUGAUGCCAAUAUAACAAGUCAAUUAGUACCCAUCAGUAUUUAUUCUACUUUUGUAAAUGGAGCUCCCCUCAUUUGGACUCAUUCAUCUCUGCUGCUUUUUGAUCUUCAUCAUGAAAAGAUUUAACGAAUGUGAAUACUUUCUCUACACAAUAAACUUUAUAUUGUAAAAUUUAUAAACAAAAUUGUGGCUAAUCAUGUUUUCCCUGACGUGUCACAUUUGAGACAUGAAGAUUUGUCGGAACAUGUCUGACAGGAUGAAAAAUAUGUGUGUGUACAUCAGGAACGACUGUGAUGCAAAAGAAAUAAUACAGCAGAA